UAGUCAGUUUGAUUUUGAAGCUAGAAGAUGAUUCGUCAGGUCUGCCUUGUUGUACUGUUGUGCAGUGUUGGAGUUUUCUCCAGGACUCUGGAAGCUCCAGAUGAUGAUUGGGCUGCCAAUUGGGAGGGUUUCAUUGUUGGUGGACAGAAUGCUGCUGCAGGACAGUUCCCUCAUAUGGCUUCUCUGAGAUCUACUGCUAACUCCCACUUCUGCGGUGGAUUCAUCGUCAACACCCGCUGGGUUGUUUCAGCUGCUCACUGCACAAUCAAUCGCACACCUGCUAAUACGUGGAUUGUUGUUGGAGGUCUCCUUCUCAACAGCGGUGGAACCAAUGUCUUCACAAGCGCUGUUGUAAAUCAUCCCAACUAUGUUGGUAGCAGCCUGCAGAAUGACAUCUCCUGCCUCCAGACACGCGACACAAUGACCUUCUCCGGUACCGUCAAUGCUCUUCAAAUGGGAGCUGACUUUGUUGGUGGUGGCGUUCAGGCUACUGCUGCCGGAUGGGGACGUAUUGGAGCUAACUUGCCCCUUGCCAACCACCUUCAGUGGCUCAAUGUGUUCACCCUCACCAAUGCUGACUGCCGCAGUCGCCACAGCGCUGGCAAUGCUAACUUUGUCCACGACAACACCAUCUGUACCUUCACCCAAGCUGGCCAGGGCAUGUGCAACGGUGACUCCGGAUCUGCCCUCUUUGUCGGCAACACUGCCAUUGGUGUUGUUUCCUGGGGUAUCCCAUGCGCUCAGGGCUUCCCUGAUAACUUUGCUCGUGUGUCUUCUCACCGCGCCUGGCUCGUUGGCCACACCGGAUAAAUUCCAGCAUCAAAAGACUUUUGCAUUCUGUUAAACAUCGUCUCUUCAAGUACAAUAAAAUUGCUUUUAAUAUAUUUUA